AUGGAGAGCAGAGUGGAGCUGGUGAUGCUGGCGGAGGGAGGUCAGCUCGGCAAGACCGGCUCCAGUUUGUCGGAAACGAUCGGAAACCCCGCGCGAGAUCCGCAGGGGAAGCAGGGACACAGGAGCUGCCUGAGCCCCGGCGCUGCGCCCUACACGCGGGACAGGACGGAGGCUGCGGAGGAGAGCGCACGGAGGAGUAUGUGCGCCGAUAUGAGGCCGGUCGGCGCGUCCUCCGGAGAGAGACACCGGACUGAUCACCCCCACAAAGACGGCAGCAGCUCAGACACCGAGUCGGACUUCUACGAGGAAAUAGAUGUCAGCUGCACGCCUGAAAGCAUGGACUACCCAACGGCUAAAGGUCAAAAUGGGGAUUCUUCGGGUGAGAGUGGUUCUGAUCCGGUUAAGGCUAUCCCGGGUCAGGGUUCGUUGUCUUUUUCAGCCGAUCAGAUCCGCCGGUACCGGACAGCGUUCACCCGGGAGCAGAUCGCGCGGCUGGAGAAGGAGUUUUACCGGGAGAACUACGUGUCCAGGCCGCGGAGAUGCGAACUGGCGGCCGCCUUAAAUCUCCCAGAAACCACCAUCAAGGUGUGGUUUCAGAACCGCAGGAUGAAGGAUAAGCGGCAGCGUCUCGCCAUGACGUGGCCUCACCCCGCCGACCCAGCCUUCUACACCUACAUGAUGAGCCACGCGGCGGCCACGGGGAACCUGCCUUACCCCUUCCCCUCCCACCUGCCUUUGCCCUACUACUCCCACCUGGGUGUCGGGGCGGGAUCGGCUGCGGCCGCCGCCCCCUUUUCCAGUCCCCUGCGGUCUCUCGACAGUUUCCGGAUGCUGUCCCAUCCUUACCAGAGACCCGAGCUCCUCUGCGCCUUCAGACACCCCUCUUUGUACCCGGGUCCGACCCACGGCCUCGGUCCCGGUGGGAGUCCUUGCUCCUGUCUAGCCUGUCACUCCAGUCAAUCCAACGGGCUUUCAUCCAGGCCCUCUGGUUCGGACUUCGCUUGCUCCCCGACAAGCAGGACUGACGGUUUUGUCACGUUCACGCCCUCAGUGCUCAGCAAGUCUCCAUCGCUGACAUUAGACCAGAGGGAAGAACUGCCUCUGACCAGAUAAAACCGUUGGCUCUUAUUAUAAAA